AUGGAUGUAAGAUUUUACCCGGCUGCGGCGGGCAGCUCGCUUCCCGGAGACCCCUCCAACCUGGACUUUGCCCAGUGCUUGGGUUACUACAGCUACAACAAGUUUGGAAACAAUAACAACUACAUGAACAUGGCAGAGGCAAGUAAUGCAUUUCUUGCUGCAAAUGAGCAGACAUUCCACACACCGAGCCUUGGGGAUGAGGAGUUUGAAAUCCCACCCAUUACGCCCCCGCCGGAAUCGGACCCUGCACUGGGGAUGGCAGAUAUACUGCUGCCCUUUCAGGGCCUUGGUGACCAGCUGCCUGCACAAGGAAAUGAAUUUACGCCUCAGUUUCCCCCACAGAGCUUGGAUCUUCCCUCUAUUACGAUAUCCCGAAAUCUUGUGGAGCAAGACGGCGUCAUCCACAACAAUGGAUUGCAUAUGGAUCAGAGUCACACACAAGUUUCUCAGUACCGCCAAGACCAUUCUUUGAUUAUGAGAUCCAUUGUCCACAUGACUGAUGCUGCUCAUUCAGGAAUUAUGCCUCCCUCUCAGCUCACCACCAUUAACCAGUCUCAGCUAAGCGCACAGCUGGGGCUAAAUUUAGGAGGCACUAACUUGCCACACACUUCUCCCUCCCCUCCUGCAAGUAAAUCAGCCACUCCUUCCCCAUCCAGCUCUAUAAACGAAGAAGAUGCAGAUGAAUCAAAUAGAGCUACUGGAGAAAAAAGAGCUGCCCCAGAUUCUGGCAAGAAGCCCAAGACUCCAAAGAAGAAGAAAAAGAAAGAUCCCAACGAGCCACAAAAGCCAGUGUCAGCAUAUGCCCUUUUCUUCAGAGAUACACAAGCUGCAAUUAAAGGGCAGAACCCGAAUGCUACGUUUGGAGAGGUUUCAAAAAUAGUGGCAUCAAUGUGGGACAGUUUAGGAGAAGAACAAAAACAGGUUUAUAAAAGAAAAACUGAAGCUGCCAAAAAAGAAUACCUAAAGGCACUUGCAGCCUAUAGAGCAAGCCUUGUUUCCAAGGCUGCUGCAGAGUCUGCUGAGGCCCAGACAAUUCGUUCUGUCCAGCAAACAUUGGCAUCCACAAAUUUGUCUUCCUCCCUUAUUCUGAAUACUUCCCUCUCUCAACACGCAACAGUAUCGGCAUCUCCUCAAAGUCUUCAACAGUCCCUUCCCAGAGCAAUUGCUCCAAAACCUCUGACCAUGAGACUGCCAAUGAAUCAGAUUGUAGCGUCUGUUACCAUUGCACCAAACAUGCCAACAAACAUUGCAGCUCCAUUGAUAAGCUCUAUGGGAACAAAUAUGGUGGCAACACCAUCUUCAUCUCAAGUAAGUCCCUCAAUGCAAAGCCAGCAGCACCAGCUCCAGCAGCUCCAGCAGCAACAAAUGCAGCAGAUGCAGCAACAGCAGCUACAUCAGCAUCAAAUGCAUCAGCAAAUACAACAACAAAUGCAACAGCAGCAUUUCCAGCACCACAUGCAACAACAUUUGCAGCAGCAGCAGCAUCUUCAGCAGCAAAUUAAUCAACAGCAAAUGCAACAGCAGCUUCAGCACAUACAGCUUCAGCAAAUGCAGCAGCAGCAAAUGCAGCAUAUGCAACACCAGUCACAGCCUUCUCCUCAGCAGCACUCUCCAGUAGCCUCUCAGAUCACAUCUCCCAUCCCUGCCAUUGGGAGCCCUCAGUCAGCACCUCAGCAGCACCAGUCACAAAUACAAUCUCAGACACAGACUCAAGUAUUAUCACAGGUCAGUAUUUUCUGA